AUGAGUGCCACAGCCAAUGACGAUAGUCAAGAAGAAAGAAUAACUCUACAUGAAAGCAACCAAGAUAGCCAUGUCGACAAUGACACCAAUGAAACAGCAAACCAGACUUUGAAUGAGCCUUUUGUGGAAAACGGCAGUGGCAAUGAGAACAGCGAUGCUUCACCACCACCUCCACCACAACAGCCCUAUACGGAUAAUGAUAAUGAUGAUGGUGAAGAUACCACUCCUGGUGCGAUGUAUGAUCGAGCACCCUUAUUAUCACGAUCCUAUUCACAAGAGAGCACUAUCAGCACUGAUUCAGCACCACCACCUUAUGAACUCUAUCCACCUGCGAAGACGAUGUUUGGUAGGGCGUACAAUUGGCUUCGGCAACUACCUCGCAUACGACGGCGUCAUGGUGCUAUUCGACUACCGACACUACCUAUCCAUCGUUCACGACAUAGCCAACAUGCUGAUUCGCUAUCAUCCACCUCGAUAGAUUCGAUUGCAUCAUCAGCGUAUCCAGCAACAUGCUGUUCAUAUUAUUACCAUGUCCUUGUUUCUUAUUUCCCAUCCAUGCCACGUCUUGUAUUACCUUCAGCACUGGGACGCUUUCGUGGAUUCCUUAUUUGCCUUUCAUUCUUCGCCCUGAUGAUCUUUGCCUUUCUUUUAUUUUGCUCGGUCUUUUUUUCUCCAGCAUCAUUACCCCCACCCUCGAUUCCCGACAAGACAACAGACUCAAAUGCUCGCUUUCUCACGCUCAACAUAUUCAUGCGUCCUCCAGGCAUCACCAACAACCUCUCCGAUUACAAAGAUGAACGUCUCUCCUACAUUGUCGAUCAUAUCCUUCCGCAAUACGAUGUCGUCGCAUUCCAAGAAGCCUUUGCAUUCGGUAGUAGACGAAAGGAUUGGCUGAUUCAACAAGCAAGAGCCAUGGGAUACAAUCAUCAUAUCGAGUCACCUCGUCAUUAUCCUUGGGAAAUCGCUGUGGAUGGUGGAUUAUUGAUCAUGUCAAGAUUUCCUAUUCGUGUAUCCCAUGACAUUGAAUAUCCUCGUGGUUUCCAUAGUGAUUGGUUGUCACGUAAAGGGGCACUUCAUGCCUUGAUCGAAUUCAAUGCCACGCGAUUUAUGCAUCUUUAUACCACCCAUGCUCAAGCAUCCUACACGAGUCAAGCUAAUCCAGAUAUUGGCGAUGUCCAAAUGCGUCUCAGUCAAUUUGCACAGCUACAUCAACUUGUACGCGACACAUCAGAGCAUGACAAUAUACCGAUAGUGCUUAUGGGCGACUUUAAUGUGGAUGCUGCUGUACAUAUGGGAUUGCCAUUGACGGAGCCAUCGACCAUGAGUUCAAAAGAGUACGGCAUGAUGUUGGAUGUACUACGUGGUACGGGUGUCGAUCCCAAGUUGGUAGAGCUCAAGAUGCGAGGACGAUUAUAUGCUGACAACUGGCGUUUGGACGAUCUCACGGAUGUGGUUUAUGAUCAUUAUGGAUAUCAUCCUGUGACAUUUGGGGAUGUGCAUGUCAACAUGGAAGGAGAAAUUGAACCGGCUGAGACCGUGUUGACCGAUAUGAGCCAAGCAAUGACCGUACAAAGCAUUGAUCGUAUCCUGUGGGACAAAUCAAGACCUUCGAUUGUUGUCAAGAACCCUCAAACAGCAAAGUUUUUGGUACAAAGCAAUGACAGGUUGAGCAAGGAGGAGAAACAACAGAUUCCCUUUACACAAAUAUCAGAUCAUUAUGGGCUUGAGUGUACUAUUGAGCUAAUAUGA